AUGGCUGAGCCCGGCUCCUUCCCGCUGCUGGUCGAAGGGUCCUGGGGCUCCCAGCCCCCGAAGAACUUGAGCACCAAGUUGCAGAUGUACUUCCAGAGCCGGAAGAGAUCUGGAGGCGGGGAGUGUGAGGUCUGCCCGGUGCCAGGGAGCUCGAACCGCUUCCUGGUGCUCUUCUACCCGGACGACGUUCGGCAGCGAGUUCUGGAGAGAGAGAACCACGAGUUAGAAUGGCCGGGAAAAGGAACAUUCAAGUUAACUGUCCAGAUUCCCACAGUCCCAGAUGAAGUCCAGGAGGGGAAAAUUCCCACAAAGGAAUCCAAGACCAAAGAAAAGAUUGAAGAAUCAGAUUCAUCAAAAAAACUAGAGGAAGACCUCUCUCUCAGUAGAAGAUCAGAAAAAGAGGAAGACACCCGAAAAGAGUGUGAAGAUAUUUCCUCUUUGGUUGCAUUUGAAAAUCUCAAGGCAAAUGUGACUGAUGUGAUGUUAAUCUUGUUAGUGGAGAAUAUAAGUGGCCUGACGAAUGAUGACUUUAAAUUGGAAUUUAUACGAGACUUUAAUGUGGCUGUAGUUACCUUUCAAACGUAUACUGAUGCCUUGAAAUUUGUUGGUGAAUGUCCCAAGCACCAUUCAGUGAAAAAACUUCAGCUUUCUGCAAGACUUCUGGAAGUGACAAAAACAAUUCGAGUUGAAAACCUGCCACCUGGUGUUCAGGACCAUGAUUUAAAAUGUUUAUUUGAAAAUCCUCAUAAUGGAGGGGGAAGAGUUGUCAGCAUCGAAUAUUUCCUUGAGGAGAGUUCAGCACUGAUUGAAUUUUUUGACAGAAAAGUGAUGGACACCAUCAUGACCAAGAAACUUGACCUCAAUAAUAUGCCACUCUCUGUGUUCCCAUACUAUCCUUCUUUGGGCACAGCCUUGUAUGGAGAGGAGAAACCUCUGAUCAAGCUUCCGGCAUCAUUCAGAGAACCACUGGAUCUUUCCUUAUGGAAAUUCUUGCAGAAAAAGAAUCUGACUGAGGAGAUACAUGAUCAAAUGAGACGUUGUCACUGUGAGCUGACGUGGUGCCAGCGCAACAGUGAAGUGAUCAUCAGACCUGCAGCCACAUUAGUCAAUGAAGGAAGGCUAAGAGUCAAGACUUGGCAGAAAGAUGUUUCCAAACUUUUCUCUGACAUCAGGUCUAAAUAUACAGUGACCUCAUUUAAAGUGGAUCCAACAGUGUGGGACACCAUUAAAGACAGUUUAGAAGAUGAUAAGAUUUUGAUUGAAUUUGAUGCACUUGCAAGCAUUGUAACCUUAGUGGGGGAGUCAGACGAUGUACAAAACAUUGAGCCACAGAUCAAGGACUUAAUAGAAAGCACCAUUCAAAAUAUGAAAAGAGAAGAGCAAAGUCUGAAACAAAAACUGGCCAUUACUUCAAGCAAGUAUUCACUUCUUUUGCACAGUGGCAUACAAGAGCAGCUCCACACAGAGUGCCCAGAGGUGGAAAUUUAUUAUGAUGAAGCCUCUCAACACAUGUGCUUCAAAGGACUCCCUGCAGAAGUGUAUAAAGUAAAGUGUGAAAUCCAGGAAAAGGUAUACAGCAUGGCUCAGAGAAAAAUUCAUGUUCACCCUAAGGUUUUCCAGUUUCUGCAACAGGUUGACUGUGCAGAAUUCUCGAAGUCUCUCUUUACAGCACAGAACAUUCUUGCAGUUUACGAGCUAGAGGGCACAACCGUCCUCUUAACUGGCUUCUCUUCCGAAGUCCUUGUGAAAGCUGAAAACCAAAUGUGCAGCACCUUAAUUUGUAAGUGCAUUGAUGUUGAGGACAGGAAAGUCCUUAAUGGCAAGAAUUGGAAAGGGCUCACUGGAAAUUUGUGUAAGAAACACAAUUCCUCCUCAAAGACUGUAGUAAUCCAGGAGGUAACUUCAGGAACUGCAGCCCAGGUCAUCAUUGCAGGCUGUAUAAGAGACGUAAGUAAAAUCUACGACUUGCUUUUUGACUUCGUGGAAAAGCACACAAAAAUAGAGAGAUGGCAUGGAGUAGAGAGUUCCUUAAUUGUUAAUUAUUUAAAAGCAGAAAAGCAAAUCUGGCCAAAUAUAAAGAGGAUGAAUGUUCAGGUAAAUUUUAAUCCUGAGAACAAGCAAAAAGCCAUUUCACUAAUUGGCCCAAAGACCAAAGUCCUGGAGGGAAUGAAAAUUGUCAAACAAGCCUUGGAUUCGGUGUGUGUUAAAAGCAUCCAUAUUGAUAAACCAGGAGCUGGUCAGUUCUUCCAGGAUAAAGCACGGUAUUAUAAAAGUGAGGUCAGAAGAUUAUUUGGUUGUUUUAUUGAACUGAAGAAAGAUGAAGAAAAGGCGCGAGGCGGCACUGGUGGGCAGAGGUGCUUAUUUCGGACAGAUUUAGCUCCUGGAGUCUCGCUAAUUGUGCAGCAAGGCGACUUGACACACUUUCCAGUCCAGGUGGUGGUGAAUGCGGCCAAUGAGGAACUCAAGCCCAGGGGGGCAUUGGCUGUUGCUCUUCUAGGAGCAGCUGGCCCUGAGCUUCAAGAAGACUGUGACCAGAUAUUGAAGAAAAAGGGCAAGAUCUCACCUCCCUGUGCCGUCAUCUCGAAAGCAGGAAAGCUCCCAUACCAACAUGUGAUCCACGCAGUGGGGCCCCAGUGGAAGAGUGAUGAGGCCCAGAAAUGUGUGUGGCAGCUAAAGACAGCUGUGAGAGAAAGUCUCAAUUUGGCUGUAAAACACAAGUACCAAUCCAUAGCCAUCCCUGCUAUUAGUUCCAGAACCUUAAGCUUUCCUCUAUCCCUGUGUGUGGAGACCAUUGUUUUGGCGAUCAAGGAAUGGUUCCAGUGUAAGAAGAAUGGAUCCACCUUGAAAGAGAUUUACCUUGUGGAUAUAGCUGAGAAGACUGUUGAGGCCUUUGCUGAAAGUGCCAAAAGUAUAUUUAAAGACACCCUGCCUGAUGUUGCUUCCCUGCCCAGUUUACCAGCAGCAGCCCAGCCCGACAAGAGAAAAGAUGAUGGAAAUGGAUCAAGUCUGUUGACCCCAGAAGGCCUGAGGAUCCGACUGGUGAAAGGAGAUGUGCAGAAUGCUACAACCCAUGUUGUUGUCAACUCCAUUCCCUCGGAUCUUGAGCUUGAUAGAGGACCCCUUUCCAAGGCCUUCUUGGAAAAAGCAGGACAAAAGCUCCAGGAGGAACUGAAGACAGCUGGACAAGGGGUUGUUGUUGAUGUGGGCACUGUUCUCCAAACCAGCGGCUGCAAUCUGCACUGCCACCGUGUGCUUCACGUGGUGGCUCCAGACUGGAGAGAUAACAAACCGUCUUCACAGAAGAUCAUGGAAAACAUAAUCAGAAAAUGUUUGGAGAUCACUGAGAGCUUGUCCUUAGACUCAAUUGCAUUUCCAGCGAUAGGAACAGGAAAUCUGGGGUUUCCUAAAAACGUUUUUGCUCAAUUAAUCACCUCAGAAGUAUUCACAUUCAGUAGAAAGAGUCAAUCCAGAACUUUACAAGAGGUUUGGUUUCUGUUGCAUCCAAGUGAUCAUGAAACUAUUCAGGCAUUCUCAGAUGAAUUUGCCAGAAGAGCUAAUGGAAAUAUCAUCACUGACAAAAUUUCCAAGGCUGAAAGUACACAAGAUUUCUAUGGGACUAUUUCUAACCCUGAUUCAGGGAUGUAUGAAAUGAAGAUUGGGCCCAUCCUUUUCCAAGUAGCCUCUGGAGAUAUCAGCAAAGAAGAGGCAGAUGUGAUCGUAAAUUCAACAUCAAAGUCAUUUAAUCUCAAAACAGGGGUUUCCAAAGCAAUUUUAGAAAGUGCUGGGGGAAAUGUGGAAAUAGAAUGUUCUCGCCAAGCUCAACAGGGCCACAGUGAUUAUAUAAUUACUGAAGGCGGGUUUUUGAAGUGCAAGAAUAUCAUUCACGUCAUUGGUGGAAAUGAUGUCAAGAGAUCAGUCACCUGUGUUUUGCAAGAGUGUGAAAAACGCCAUUACUCGUCUGUUUGCCUCCCGGCCAUUGGGACAGGUAGUGCCAAACAAGACCCAGAUAAGGUUGCAGUAGCCAUAAUUGAUGCCAUUGAAGAAUUUAUUCAGAAAAGAUUAGUCCAGUCUAUGAAAAAAGUUAAAGUUGUUAUCUUUCAGCCUCAACUACUGGAUGUAUUUUAUGCCAACAUGAAAAAAAGAGGACCUCAGGCUUCUUUCCAACAGUGUAUGAUGUCUAAAAUUGCAUCAUUUUUGGGCUUCUCAAGUAAAUCUCCCAAAAAACAGACUCUGGUUUUAGAAAAGAAAACAGAAUUAGCAGUUUUUCAGGUGUGUGGUAAAAAUGUAAAAAAUGUGGAAGACGCUCUCUUGUGGAUACAGGACCUCAUUCGAAAGGAACAGUGUCCCUACUCCAGUGAAGAUGGAUGUAUCAAACACUUUGACACAAACGAAUAUAAAGAAUUGGAUGAGCUUCAGAAGAAGCUAAAUAUUUCCAUUUCCUUGAACCGUGAAAGACCUUUGAUUGAGGUUUCUGGAAUUACCAAAGAUGUGAUGCAGGCUAGAAAUGCGAUUGAGGACAUGAUCAAAAGAGUUAGCCUGUCCAAAGAACAGGAGUCUCUGGCAGAUCGCACCCGCGACUUUGUAGAAUGGCAAUAUGAGGGCGGUGAUAAUAAACUUCAUAGUUUUGACAAAAUAACCAACAUGCAAUUGGAGGAUGCAAAGAAACAAAAGAGAAAGACAAUCGAUGUCAAAAUCAAUCAUCAGAGCUACACAGUGGACUUGAGGACAUACGUUGCUACAGAUGCAAAAGGAAACAGCUUAUCUGUUCAGCGCCAUACAAAAUCUGAAGUUGAGCUGCCUCCAUACUGGAGUGAUAUGAAGCAGCAGAAAGUCUGUGUGGUUGAGCUACAGCCUGAUCAUCCAGAAUACAGAACUGUGGCAAGCAAGUUUCAUGUAACCUGUGCACACUUCAUCAUAGAGAAGAUUGAGAGGAUUCAGAAUCCAGAGCUCUGGAAACACUAUCAGACAAAGAAAAACAACAUGGAUGCCAAGAAUGGCCAGGUGACCAAUGAGAAGCUGCUCUUCCAUGGGACAGAUGCUGCCUCAGUGGCGCUUGUCAACGGAAACGGCUUUAACCGCAGUUACGCUGGAAAGAAUGCUGUAGCAUAUGGAAAGGGAACCUAUUUUGCUGUCAAUGCCAGUUACUCCGCCAAUGACGUGUACUCCAGACCAGACGCAAACGGGAAGAAGCAUAUGUACUAUGUGCGAGUACUCACUGGAUGCUACACACUUGGAAACGCAUCAUUAAUUGUGCCUCCUCCAAAGGACCACCAAAAUCCUACUGACUUAUAUGACACUGUCACAGAUUGUCUGCAAAAUCCAAAUUUAUUUGUGGUAUUUUAUGACUACCAGGCUUACCCAGAGUACCUCAUUACUUUUAGACGUUAA